AUGGAAGGUGGAAAGCUCAACCGCGCUUGCAUUGUGUUGAGUACCGGUCGACUUACCUCAGCCCAGCUUCUCAGCACGCUCGAGACUUGGCAUCUCAGCAUUGUUGGAUUGCUCACAGAAAUCAUCCAGGCUGGUGACCUGAUUUGGGACGACAUCAUGUACGCCUCAGAGCACCGUCGCGGGCGACCUUGCUGGUACCGCCCGGAGGGCAUUGGGCUUAGUGCUGUUAAUGAUGCAUGUUUGAUCAAAUCAUCCACUAUGGCGCUUUUAACGCAUUACUUCCAAGACCAUCCGAGUCGCAAUAAGCUGAAAGCGCUGUCUCAUGAGGCAUCCUUUCGGACAGAACUUGGUCAACUUGCCGAUAUGUCGACCAGCGACCAUUGCCAUCUCGUCGAUAUGAAUACAGAGCGCUAUUCCUUUAUCUCAGAGAACAAGAUUGCGUAUUGCAGUUUCUGUAUUCCAGUUAUGCUGGCACUGCAUUCUCUUCAACUGGCAGGUCCAAGAACCGUUGAGAUUGCACAAAGCAUUCUCCUUCGCGUGGAAGAAUACUUCCAGGUACAGGAUGAUUACCUCGACGUGUUCGGAGAUCCAAAGGUCACGGGACAGUUUGGUACGGACAUACGAGACAACAAGUGCUCAUGGAUUGCUAUCAAGGCUUUUGAGCUCUGA